AGAGUGAUAGUGAGACGGAACACCCGGGCUCACUGACGAUCAUUUUAUUGGAACCUCCGGUUUCACUACCUUUCUCUCUCUCUCAUACCCCCACUUACCUUCAUAAUUGCCCUUUUUUACAAGUACAAGUUUGACUUUGCGUUUUUGAAAAGCUGUUGUUUCUGAUUCGCUGCAUUGUGAUCAUCUAUUUUGUGGUGCCCGUCUGGAUUGUAGGAUAGCCGAGAAAGCUUGGAUGAGCUGCUUCACCGACACCCGGAGAUGGAGUUGCUGUUGAUAUGCCUUUCCCUGUGGAUAUUGCAAUGCAAUUCUGCCAGAGCGGACUCCAUCAUUCACAUUGGUGCCAUAUUUGAGGAAAACGCAGUGAGGGAUGACGAGAUUUUUCAACUUGCCAUCUCAGACCUAAGCCUCAACGACGACAUCCUGCAGAGCGAGAAAAUUACCCACUCUGUAAAACUUAUUGAGGCCAACAACCCCUUUCAGGCGGUGCAGGAAGCUUGUGAGUUGAUGAACCAGGGCAUCCUAGCGCUGGUCACCUCGACGGGCUGUGCUGCGGCCAACGCCCUCCAGUCGCUGACAGACGCCAUGCACAUCCCCCACCUGUUCAUCCAGAGGGCGGGCGACGGCACGCCGCGCACCGCCUGCCUGCUCAAUCCCAGCCCCGACGGAGAGAGCUACACUCUGGCCGCCCGGCCUCCGGUCCGCCUCAACGACGUCAUGCUCACCCUGGUCACCGAGCUACACUGGCAGAAGUUCAUCGUCUUCUACGACAGCGACUACGAUAUUCGCGGGCUGCAGACGUUCCUGGACCAGGCGUCCCGUCAGGGCCUGGACGUGUCUCUGCAGAGGGUGGACCGAAACGUCAGCCGUGUGUUCAGCGACCUCUUCAGCAGCAUGCGCACCGAGGAGCUCAACCGCUACCGGGACACGCUGAGGAGGGCCGUCCUGCUCAUGAGCCCCCGCGGGGCGCAGGUCUUCAUCCACCAGAGUGUCAGUGAUGACUUGUCAGGCGAGGAGAGUCAUUGGGUCUUUUUAGCAUCCGAGGUGAGCGACACAGAGAUCCUGGAGAUGGUCCACAGCGCUCUGGGCAGGAUGACGGUGAUCCGCCAGAUCUUUCCCAUGUGGAAGGACACCAACGUCCGCUGCGUGAGGAACAACCACCGCAUCUCCUCCCUGCUGUGCGACCCCCAGGAAGGCUACCUGCAGUCUCUGGAGGUGUCAAACCUCUACUUGUACGAUAGCGUGCUGAUGCUGGCCAACGCCUUCUACAGGAAGCUGGAGGACAGGAAGUGGCACAGCAUGGCCAGCCUCAACUGCAUGAGGAAGUCCACCAAGCCCUGGAACGGCGGCUGGUCCAUGCUGGACACCAUCCAGAAGGGACGUAUCACAGGCCUCACUGGGAUGAUGGACUUCCGAGCUGAAGGUUCUAAUUCUCAUGUCCAGUUUGAGAUUCUGGGAACCAGCUACAGCGAGACGUUUGGGAAGGACGUCAAGCGGCUAGCAACUUGGGAUUCCAGUCGUGGUCUGAAUGGGAGUCUGAAGGAGAGCCGAAUAGAGAGUGGGAUGCAGGGAGUGACACUAAAGGUGGUGACAUUACUGGAGGAGCCCUUCGUCAUGGUAGCAGAAAACAUCCUUGGACAGCCCAAGAGAUACAAAGGCUUUUCCAUCGAUGUCCUGGACGCUCUUGCCAAGAUUCUGGGCUUCAAGUACGACAUCUACCAAGUAGCCGACUCCAAAUACGGGUCUCCUCUCCCCAACGGCUCCUGGAACGGGAUGAUAGGAGAGCUCAUCAGCAAGAGGGCAGACUUGGCCCUGUCUGCCAUCACCAUCACCCCAGAGAGGGAGAAGGUGGUGGACUUCAGCAAGCGCUACCUGGACUACUCCGUCGGGAUCCUCAUGAGGAAGUCGGAGGAGAAGAUUAACAUCUUCUCCCUCCUGGCUCCGUUCGACCUGGCCGUGUGGGCGUGCAUCGCCGCAGCCAUCCCCGUGGUCGGCGUCAUGAUCUUCCUGCUCAGACGUAUCCAGUCCGUUCGUUCCCAGAAUCCUCCUCAUCAGGUCCCCUCUGCCUCCACGUCGCUCCAGAGCGCCAUCUGGAUUGUGUACGGCGCGUUCGUGCAGCAAGGUGGUGACUCCAUCUUGGGCUCGGUGGCAUUGCGGAUCGUCAUGGGCAGCUGGUGGCUCUUCACUCUGAUAGUGUGUUCCUCCUACACAGCCAACCUGGCAGCCUACCUCACUGUCUCCCGCAUGGACAACACCGUACGGUCGUUCCAGGACCUGUCCAAGCAGAUGGAUCAGGUGUACGGGACGGUGCGAGACUCGGCCGUGUACGAGUUCUUCCGAGCUAAAGGCACUAACCCCCUGGAGCAGGACAGCACUUUCGCAGAACUCUGGAGAACCAUCAACAAGAACCACGGCCACGAGCACUCGGUGUCCAGCCCCGCAGAGGGCAUCCAGAAGACCAAGAGGGGUUCCUAUGCCUUCCUGUGGGACAUGGCUGUGGUGGAGUACGCCGCCCUGACAGACGACGACUGCACUCUGACAGUGACGGGCAACAGCAUGAGCAGCAGGGGCUACGGCAUGGCCCUGCAGCACGGCAGCCCCUACAGAGACCUCUUCUCCCAGAAAAUCCUGGAGCUGCAGGAAAAAGGCGACCUGGACAUCCUCAAACAAAAGUGGUGGCCCAGAAAGGGGCGCUGUGACCUGGACAGCCAUGCGGAAGCCCAGCCAGAGGGAAGGGCCCUGAGGCUGCACAGCUUUGCCGGAGUCUUCUGCAUCCUGGCCGCUGGCCUGCUCCUGGCCUGCCUGGUGGCCGCCCUGGAGACUUGGUGGAACAGCAACCGCUGCCGGCGAGAACAGCCCAAAGAGGACAAAGAGGUGAAUCUGGAGCAGGUCCACCAGCGUUUGAACAGCCUGCUGGACGAGGACCUGGCUCACAAGCAGCUGCCAGGCCAGUCUAUCGAGAUCUCUGCCCUGGACAUCGGCAACAUCCAGCCCAGCCAGUCCCUGGAAGGCCUGUCUGUGCGGGACUACCCCGGCCACAGGGGGGCGCCUCUCUCUGUGACCACCUUCCUCCAGGAGGGUCGUGGGGCAGGAAGGACUCUCGGCGCGGCCGGUGGCAGGACCCUCCCCCUGCCCCUCAGCAGUGCCACCAUGCCCUCUAUUCGCUGCAAACACCGAGCCCCCAACGGGGGGCUCUUCCGUCAGAGCCCCCUCAAGACCCCCAUGCCACUGUCCUACCACUCAGUGUCCGGAGGACACAUCACAGAAGCCAUUGAGACGAGUCACGGGACGUCCAUCUGA